AUGCCUCUUCCCCCCGUGCAGAAAAAACAGCGAACGUACGAAUCCGUUAACGUGGAGGAGAUGGAAGGAAAAAGGGAAAUCCCCGAAGGAUGCAACAUGGUGGGAAAGAAGGAGAAUGAACAAAUCGACGCCGAUUUGUACUCAAGGCAGCUGGGAACAUACGGAUUUGAAUUAAUGAAUAAGCUUAUCAAACUGAACAUCCUGAUCGUGAAUGUGAAGAGUGUCGGCUUGGAAUGUGCAAAGAAUUUGAUUCUGUCUGGGCCCAAAUCUGUAUGCAUAUACGACAAUGACAUCUGCCAAGUCUCCGACAUCGGGGUCAAUUUCUACAUCGACGAAGAAGACGUGAAGAACAAAGUGACGCGAAGUGAUGCAGUGAUAAAGCAGCUGCAGGAACUGAAUAGCUAUGUGCACAUCUAUAACUACAAGGGAGAGUUAGACGAACCCUUUCUUCAAUCCUUUGAUGUGGUUGUAUGUUGCGAUGUAAGUCAUACGCUUUUAGUUAAGUACAGCAAGAUGGUGAGGAGCAUUUCUCCUGCGAAAAAAAUCGCCUUCCUAUGCUGCAACAUUUAUGGCUUGUGCGGGUACCUCUUUGUCGAUUUUGGAAAAGGAUUUGUCUGUUAUGAUAAGGAUGGAGAGAAUAUCAAAUCGUGCAACAUCAGUAAGAUAAGCAAAGCCACCGAGGGAGUGGUCUCUUUCGAUUUCGAUAAAGGUGCCCCCUUCCAAAAAGGAGACUACGUUAAAUUUACCAAGGUAGAAGGGAUGACCCAAAUAAAUCACAAAAUUUUUCAAAUAAAGGAUAUGCACAAAUAUACGUUCUCCAUUGGGGACACUUCUCAGUUUGAUGAUUACUUAAAGGGAGGGGAGUGCACUCAGGUAAAGAGCCACCUCAGGAUGGACUUCCAGCCGUAUGAUUUUGUUUGCGGGAGGCCCUUGGCCUGGGAGGGGGCAUCAACCGGGGCAGCAGGGGGAGAAAUGUCGCCCGGGAUCCGCCUCCCCCUGUCGGACAACGAAACCAUCUACGAAGACGUGCCCCCCCCCCAGUCCUUCCUCAUCUCCGAUUACGCCAAGUGCGACAUGAGCAAUCAGCUGCACUACGCCAUCCAGGCACUGAAAAGGUACGAAGCAGAGAAUAACAAUGUGCUGCCACAGAACGAUGAGGAGGAGGCCUUCGAGAAGGUAUUUCAAAUUGCACUUCAGCUGAACGAGGCAGAUAAGGAAGGAAAGAAGACCUAUGCUGUGGACGAGGUGAGAAAGGAUGUCGUGUUUAACGUGGCCAAGUAUUGUACAGCUCACCUUGCACCCGUGGCUUCCUUCUUUGGAGGGUUACUAGCACAGGAGGUGAUAAAAUUUACGGGGAAAUAUAUGCCGAUAUAUCAGCUGCUUUAUGUGGACUUUUUCGAGUGCAUUUCGCUAGGCAUGGAAGCCGAAACGGGAGUAGAAAACGAUGACAUCAGUAAGGAGAAUUGCAAAAAUGAUAAUGUCAUCACCGUUUUUGGAAAGGCCUUCCAGAAGAGGCUGAACGGGUUGAAUGUUUUUCUCGUCGGAUCAGGCGCAUUGGGGUGUGAGUACGCUAAGCUGUUUUCCCUGCUGAACAUGUGCUCAGUGAAGGAGAAGGGGAAGCUAACCAUCACGGAUAAUGACAACAUAGAAGUGUCGAAUCUUAAUAGGCAGUUCCUUUUUCGAAGGGAAAAUGUGGGAAAAUCAAAAUCGCUAAUCGCAUCUGGUAUUAUAAAAGAGAAGAACGGAGAGAUGAACGUAGAAUCGCUUGAGACGAAAGUUGGACCAGAGAAUGAACACAUAUUUAAUGAGCACUUCUGGACCAAACAGGACAUGAUAGUAAAUGCAUUAGACAACAUUCAAGCAAGACAGUACGUAGAUAACAAAUGUGUCUGGUAUUCUAAACCCUUAUUUGAAUCUGGCACAUUGGGAACAAAGGGAAAUGUACAGAUCAUUCUGCCGUUUCUAACUCAAUCGUAUAAUGAUAGUUAUGACCCUCCAGAAGAUUCCAUCCCAUUGUGUACACUGAAGCAUUUUCCCUACGACAUUGUACAUACGAUAGAAUACGCUAGAGAUAUAUUCCAGGGGCUCUUUUACAACACGCCUCUAAGUCUGCAGGAGUUUCUAAACGACAAAAAGGAGUACGUGAAGAAGGUGCAGCAGGAAGGGAACAAUGCAUCUCUCUUGGAGACAUUGCAAAAUGUCUUGACCACACUGAAGGAGGUGUCUAAAGAGGCUAACUUCAAAUUCUGCAUCAGAAAAGCAGUGGAUUUAUUUUACACCAACUUUAUCAACCAGAUUCAUCAGCUUCUUUAUUCCUUCCCAUUAGACUACAAAUUGGCUAGUGGAGAGUUUUUUUGGGUUGGUCAGAAAAAACCACCACAAGUUAUCUCCUUCGAUAUAGAGAACGAAUUCGUAAGAGAGUUCCUUUUCUGCACGUCUAAUCUCUUCGCACAGGUUUAUAAUAUCCCACCAUGCUACGAUUUGAAAUACAUUUUAGAGGUAGCUAGCCAGAUUGAAGUCAAACCAUUUGAGCCAAAAAGGGUGAAAGUUAAGAUGGAUGAGAAGAAUCUGAACAAUAUUUCCAUCUCUUUCGUAGAUGAUGAGAAACUAAUUCAGGAUUUCUGUCAAGAGUUAUUAAAUGUAGAAUGUGCUCACGUGAAGGUGUCUCCAAUUGAGUUCGAUAAAGAUGAAGAGACCAACAUGCAUGUGAAUUUUAUUUAUUCCUUUUCUAACCUGAGGGCUAUUAAUUACCGUAUCGAGACCUGCGAUAAAUUGAAGGCUAAACUAGUUUCAGGGAAAAUCAUCCCCGCGCUGGCCACCACCACGUCUAUCAUUACGGGUUUGGUAGGAAUCGAACUGCUAAAGUAUGUGAAUUAUUAUGGCUACUUCCAAUUAUACGUGGAAUCCACUCAGGAGAAGAGAAAACAGAUGAAGGAUCUGCUUCCCUAUUUUAAGAACGCGUUUAUUAACUCGGCUCUGCCCAUGUUUCUCUUCUCGGAACCCAUGCCGCCCAUCAAGAUGCGCGACAAGGAAUGGGACGAGCUCAUGAAGGGCCCCGUCAGGGCCAUUCCCAACGGAUUCACCUCCUGGGACAAGAUACAGAUCCAGAUAGUGAACGGAACCAUCAAGAACCUGAUAGACCACAUAAACGAGCAGUUCAGCAUCGAAGUGAACCUCAUCUCCGUGGGGAACGCCUGUCUCUAUAACUGCUACCUCCCCGCGCACAACAGAGACCGCCUCAACAAGCCCAUCCACGAAAUAUACUCGGAGAUCACCAAGCAGAAGUUGCUUGACGACAAAAACUACAUCGUAGUCGAAGCCAGCUGUAGUGACCAGGACCUCGUGGAUGUCCUCAUACCGUCCAUUAAGUUUAUCUACAAAUGA